AAGAUAAUCUAUUUGAAAUCUAGCAGUGAACUCCAAGCCUCAAAAAUGACUUUUAUUUCAUGCAACCUCCAGACAUAUAUUUCACAUAUAAAUAAUGAACGAAAACACUCGUUACUUCGCAAGAGUAACAUUACAUACAUACAAGAAACAAAAACACUCCAUUACUUCACAAAAAGAACAACCCAAGAUGAAUUCCUCCAUUCUCGUUUGCGUGAUCAUGUGUUCUUGCAUUCAGAUCUGCUUGGCAGACUACGAUAAUCUCCAGGAUACUUGUCCAGCAGCUCCCACAAGCAAGCAGUCUAUCUUCAUCAAUGGUUUGCCUUGCAAGGACCCUAACAGUAUCACUCCUUCAGAUUUCAAGUCAUCAAAACUGAGUCGCCCUGGUGACAAGAACAAAUUUCUGCGUUCCGCAACAACCAUUGUCACUGCCGCAGAUUUCCCUGGCCUGAACACCCUCGGUCUCUCAAUUUCUAGGAUAGACCUUGAUGUGGAUGGUUUAGUAUUGCCGCUAUACCACCCAAGAGCCUCUGAGCUGUUCUUUGUCAGUGCAGGUGUAGUGAUUGCUGGAUUUGUCGACACCAAAAACCAACAGUUCCAGAAGAUUCUCAAGGAAGGAGAUGUGUUUGUGCUUCCUCGGGGUUUGCUUCACUUCUGCUUGAAUGCUGGCGAUGAGGCCGCUACCAUUUUCUCAGUACUCAGUAGCCAGAAUCCAGGGGUGGUGAGCGUUGCUGGUAGCCUUUUCGAGUCUGAUCCAGAUAUGUUAAACAAGCUUGUGAGGAAAAUAAAAUCAAUUUCUUCAUCACAAGUUAAUGGCUUGGAAAAUGCCACUCUAUUUGGAUUUUAUUAGAAUAUCAAGUUGAUAUAAUGAGAAAAUAAUAAUACUUCCCUGCUUAUAAAAAACAAUGCAUCUUGUCUUAUUUAAAGUUAUUUAUAUGCAGAUGUAAUUUUACUAAAAUAAUAAAUCGUAAAUUAUUUUAAAAUUUUAUUAAUAAUAAAUGAAGACUGG